AAAUGUAAAAGUAUCAAUACCCCGAGGUAUCGAUACCUUUUCAGCAAUCUCUAACCAAAUUGUCAAAAACCAAACAAACUUCUAAUAACCGUCAAUGUACACCUGCCGCUUUUUUGUUUAUCGAUCAACGAAAAUUCAUGAAAUAAAAUCAUAAUAUAUCGAGUUUUUAUGAAUUAAACAAUGUAAAGUGUAUUGUUUUGAACACAUUCUGAUUAAUAUCCAAAUGCCUGAAGGUGUUUUCAGUGUUUGUCAAGUUAACUAUGAGCUCAAUAGAUAACAACCAAUACGAAGUGAAACCAAAUUCAAAGAGCAAAAGAAAGAUUACUGCUCCUUGUCCUAACGUUUACCUGAAUCCCGGAUUAGAUCUUUUGGCAAACGAGGAUCCUAUGUGCAACACAGCUAUGGAAAUAGUACCUGUGAAAAAACGCAAAAGAUCCAAAAGUUGUGACGUGGCUGCAUUCGAAAAUGACUGUUUAGACACAGAUAUAAGUAAGGCUGCUGUGAAUGAGUUCUUAGUGAGAGAGCUUGAGAAUGUACGUAAAACUGUGCGACAAUGUGAAACAGUUACCACAAAAAAUAAUUCUAUACAUAUGGAGCGUUCAUACAGUCAUAAUAUUGGUAAGGAGAAUAUGGCUCCACAUUCGACUGUACUCAUUAAUUCUAAUUUAAAGAAAUUAUCUACAAGUAAUCCAUCUAUUGCAGAAGACUCUGCUAUUUUCUCAUCUAAUAUAAUAUCAAUGAAUAAUCCAUGUGUUGAAGAAGAAUCUACUAUUCUGCAAUCAAAUACACCAAAAUGCAUGGAAUUAGAUAGAUUUGAACCAAAUGUCAGUGAAAUUGAAAUGGAUUCUGGUAUAUCAGUUCUAGAACAGAAAUCAAUAAAUGCAGUAUCAAACAGUCCCAAUAAUGAUUAUGACUUUGAUUCAUCUGUAAACAAUGUGAAUAUACAUGAGACUGUUACCAACCAAGUUAUAAUCAAUAAUACAAGUAAUAUUAAUCUCAGUUUCAUUGAUCGUCUAGCUUUAGAUUCGCCAAAUUUGUCUAGUCAAUCCUUAUAUCUAGAUGAUGAUUUGAAUGAGAGCAACAUUAUGGAGAUAAAAACCAUCACAAUUAUAACUAAGAAGAAACGAAUUUUUGAUAAGAAAAAGAAUACAAACCCAUUUUUAGACCCGAAUUUGGAUAAUGUUUACUCUGAAAAUGUAGAAAACCCAUUUCUCAAUAUGAAUACGAUAAAACCUGAGGUUGAAUAUAAUGGUAUUACUACAGAAAAUCAAUUUGAAGAACAUAUACCACAAGGAAAUAAUUUGAUGCCUCGUAGAUUAUUUGUUGGUGAUUCAAACAGCACCAUUUCUACAGUUAAUGAAUCUAUGAACCCAGAACACCAUGAAUAUGAAAAUAUUGAUAAUUAUAGAAGUGAAAGCCCUAUUUAUGAAAAUAUAAGUGGAGAGAUUAAUGAAACAUACAACAAGCAAAGUAAAAUCCUUGGGCAUGAUGUAUCAAGAUUUAAUGCUGUUGAUAUUAUGAACCUUAAUAAAUAUACUGAAACAGAUAGUUCAAAUAACUCUAGCAAUAGCAAAAAGGAUUUGAAGCACACAAUAUUAAAAGCCAGUAAUAAAUUAUCAAAAAAAGUUUUUAAAACAUUGAAGAGAACUUUCAAGCAUGAAAAAGGUGAUAACAACGUCACCUUGAAUCCUUAUGAGGUUCCACGGAAACCUCCCAAACAGAAAUCAGUUGCUAAAGAUUCUGGUAUUGAAAAUCCAGCUCUUAAUUUGGACAAUUCAGAUGAUAUUGAAAUCGAGGAAUUAGAUGAUGAAGAACAUCAAUAUGAAACAGUGAAAACAAUUCGAAACACACAACUCAACAUGAAUGUGACACCAUUGAAGGAAAGGGAUGCCGACAACGACUUAUCACAAAGUAAACCAUAUACACCAGGGAAGAAAGUUCGUUUUGAUUCAACGCUAAAUCAAGAGAAAGUCAUAACAGGCAACAGUUUUGAUUAUGAUAUACAAAGUCCUGGAUUCGAUUCUAAACUUGAUAAAUACCAAGAUGAAUUGGAGAAUUGUAUCAAUGAAAGAAAGUUUAUAAAGCAAAAUAUGUGACAACACUUAUCCAAAAUUGCAGAUUAACAAAAAUAUUUAUAUUGAUAGGAUUCAGUGUAAUCAGAUUUUCUUUAAUUUUGAUUAAAGAAAAUUAAGUGAGGCUUUCAAUUAUUUUUUUCUUUAUUCUUUAAUUUUUAUAUGAAAUAGACUAGAAUAAGUAUUAUUAGUCAUUACAUUAAUUCCAAAGUUUAAAUCAAAGAUAAUAUCAUUUGUGUUUGUUUAGUGUUAAGUUUUAUAAUAAUUAGUUUUUUAUAAUGCCGAAGAAUAUUGCCUAGAUAAGCUAUCCUUGUAAGUCUUAAUUACCCAAGUAAUUUGCAGUAUUUGUAUAUUCUGACGAAAUAGCAUAUAAAUUAGGAUGCUGGAUUAUCAUGUAACAGACAUCCAAUCCAUAAUGAAUUUAGAUACUAUGGUAUAAUCUAAUUUAAUUAUUUAUAUUUUUACAAAUUAUUAUUGGAUAUACUUUUUUUUUAAUAAAUAUGUUUCAUGAUGAAAAUAUGUUUUAAAUACGUUUUUUUUUAUUUAUUGAUGAAAUCACUUAGUGCAGCAAAAACCAGAUAGGUAUGUCCGUGCACUAUUUUACUUACAUAUUUAUAUUGGCAAGUUUAAUACUUGCCAAUAUAAAUAAAUAUGUAUCACAGUUUGAAUAUAGAUUAGUUAGAACUAUGCGUAUAAAAAUUUGUGUCUGCACAAUUAGAAAGUUCAAUAAAAAUACUUAAAUAUUCUCCGUUAUUAACCUAUCUAAGUAAAAAAUAAUAAAACAAUUGGGUAAAUCUGUAAAUCAGCUUACACCACGCAUACAUAAACAACCUCAUCUGUUGUUUGAUUUGUACAGAAUGUUUUAUAUACCAUUGUUUAUAGAACACCUGUAUAAAUCACACAACUGAUUAUAUAUCAAAUCAAAAUAAGGGUUAUAUUUAAGGGUCUAAUUUGGAUAUACAAUAUUUUUUAAAUAUAUUUUUUGGUUAAUUUUAUUUAUAUUUUGUAUUAGAUUAGAAUGAAGUUUAUUGAUAAGUUUGGAAUUAUAUAUUUAAUUGUUCUUUUCCCAUGCACAUUAUUAUAAAAAGACAUAUAUUUUUUUUUACUGACACUUCUAAUGCCUUUACUAUAAUUUAUAGGUUUUUUUUUAAACAGUAUUAAAGUAAUUUUUGAUCAAUAUAUUUCAACUAAUUUUGUCGUAGACGGGAAUAAUUUUGCAGUAAAGAAAAAUCAUCUGGUAGUUAUUUUUAAACUGAUUUCUAAUGAGGAAGUAUUUAAAAAAAAAUAGUCAUACUUGAUUUCUCCAUGACAACCUUUCAUGGUUUUCUUUUAAGUUUAAAAGUAAAUUAGUUUUCAAAACUCAAUAUACAAAUCAUAUUUGUAUUGAUAUCUAAGUUGCGGUCUUUUCAAAUUUCAGUUUUUUAAUAUGUUAGUUAAAAGGAACGGAAAUGACUGUCUUUGAUCCAUUCGUUUCCUGCAAAAAUCAACUUUUGCUAGAGUUGCCAUGUAGUG